CACCGGAUAUAAUGUGGUCUGCGUGUGUAUGUGUGUGUGUGUGUGUAUUUGUGUAGGUGGGGGAGGGGGCGGAUGCUUUAAAAGUAGUAGUUAGUAGUUUAGUCGCGAGUUCAAGUAAAGUAAGAUAAGUACCAAAGUACCAUAUCAUAUCACAUUGUUGCAAUACUGACAUAUUUGGUAACGCCUAUUGUGACCUGUGUUCACUCUCACCGCUUCUGUCACACACACACCCCGAUUACGAUGUGCACACACACACACACACACACCCCAGUCAUAAGUGAAUGACGGCAGGUCGCCAUGGAAACUGCGUUACGCUCCGGGCACCCGUAGAAGAAAACAGGAGCGGGAGGACCGAGCGGAGUCUUCAUUUCAGCACCACGAUCCCGGUGGACAGCUCCUUCAUGAAGUGGAGCAUCACAUGUGUUAUCAGGGACAGAACAGCAGCAGCAGCAGUGUGGGUGGGGACUUCCAAACAAAAUAAACAACACCCUCACACCAUCCAGACGUGAAUCACGGUGGUUCCGAGAGGUUUUAUACCGCUGUGAGACCAGGAGUUAGCCAGUCGCUCUGCCUCAGCAACAGGGCAGCAGCAUGUCUGAAACCAAAUCCAGGCAGAGGUUCCACAGCCUGAAGCCCGAGCAGGUGGCAGUUCUUCAUCAGGUUCUGUCAGACAUCGUUCCCAUCCACGGCCGUGGGAACUUUCCGACACUGGAGCUCCGCCCUCGUGACAUCAUCAUUGCUGUAAGGGCCAGUCUGCAGAAGCAGGGAAUCACUGUGAGAGACGUGCGUCUAAAUGGCUCCACAGCUAGCCAUGUCCUGGUCCAAGACAACAGAAUGAGCUACAAAGACCUGGAUAUUAUCUUUGGGGUGGAGCUGCCCAGUCAGGAAGAGUUUCAGGUGAUCAAAGAGUCGGUGUUGGGCUGCUUGCUGGACUGCCUACCAUCAGGGGUGAACAGAGAGAGGAUCAGCAGUGCCACAAUGAAGGAGGCCUAUGUCCAGAAGAUGGUCAAGGUCUUCAGUGAGCAUGACCGCUGGAGCCUCAUCUCGCUGUCAAACAACAGCGGCAAAAACCUGGAGCUCAAAUUUGUAAGCAUGUUGAGGAGGCAGUUUGAGUUCAGCGUUGAUUCCUUCCAAAUUAUUCUGGAUCGUCUUCUCGAGUCCUACAUGCAGCAGGACUCUUUGCAUAAACAUAAAGAUGUUACUCUGAAGGACCAACAGGUGAAAACGAAAGAUGCGUCAUCUCAGCUUAAACAGACCAGCACUGCACAAACAGAAAAAAACACCGGUCAAGAUACAUCCAAUAUACAGAAUGGGUCUCACAUCAGUAACACAGGGCAGGCAGAUGACAUACACGGAAAGAAAGCCCAGAGCCAAAAUGGUUUGAAAUCAACAAAAGAUUCCCCACAGGAAGAUGAUGACAAAAAUAAAACACCCACAGAGUUAAAACAGCACAGAGGAAACCUUAAUGAACUAAAGCCCAUGGUGAACACAUCUUCAAACACGAUAUCUAGAGAGGAACAAACCACUGAGAGCACUGAGGCUCAGACUAACCUGAAAAAUGAGGACUCAAAUGAAUGGCCAACAAAGGGGGAACAAUCAGAAACAGCAAAUUUAAACCACACAACCAGCAUUGUUGUAAAGGAUGUGCUCACAGAAGAAAUGGAAUUGACAAAAAGCCCACAGCCGGUCCAGACAGAGCCUGUAAGCCUGAUAGAGGACUGUAACAGCACACAGUCACCUGAAAGAAGAAUGGUCUCUAAGCGAUUAAAUGAGGACGACAAAGAUGAAACAAAAUGCUUGUAUACUCCACACGUUGACACAUCUUUACAAGUGAGUGCAGACAACACUUUAGAGGAUGAAAAAGAAGUUGAGAUUGAGGUGCACAUGGAAACCAAGAGCAGAAAUGAAAGAGAAAAAAGUGAAAAGAGUUUAACAUCAGAGGAAAAGACAGACCACAUACAGAGAGAUGAUGGUUUCUGCUCCAUUUCCGCCACACCACUUUCACACAACAACACCCAGGAUACACACAGCACACUGCAGAUUGAAAGAUCAGCUGACAGACUCGAUGCUGACGGCACCACGGAUCCUCAGGACACACCUGCAACACCUGGCCUUGUUUUUGACAAAAAGACCUCCUCUGCUUCUUGCAAGCCAUCAGAAAGACUCUCUCACAUGGUGGUGCUCAAACACUUGUCUCCGAAACCCCCCCGUAGAAUGUGUAGGAAGGUUACCCCCGCUCCUUGCACUGGCCUGGCCUCUGAGAGUGACCCCAUCACAGCUUCCUGUCUAGAUCAAAACCCUCAAUCUGAUCUUAAUGGAAGUAUCGAGUCCAUUCCUGUUACGACUUCCUCAGACGUCACUGAAAAAGCCAACGGUUCUGAAUGCAACACAGCAAGUAACCCCUUGUCAAAUCUGGACUUCACCCCUGAUUCCGUCACUGUUCUACCUCAAGUGCUAUCAUCUCAGUUGAUCAAAGAGGGUUUGUGUCAGAUAAAUAUUCAACGCCAGGAUCAGCAACCACAAAUGGAUGAGCAAAGGCAGUCUUCCCCUGGUGAUUCUGCCUCGCAACUGACAGAGUUUGAGUCCCCCAAUAGCUUGGACUCCCAAGCAGAUGAGUCCUGUUCAAAUGUCCACGAGUCCACACAUACAUCAGAAGCUGAACUGAAAGAGGCAGAGGAGAACGUGAAAUUAAUGGACAACCUGGACAUGCCAAACGAGAACCCUCAAGAGAUCACACCACCUGAAGAGACAACACCCCCUCACUCACUUUCACCCUGCCACAAUACCCUUAUUUCCUGUCCCCCACCUCCUGUACUCAGUCUGUCCCCUCCCUGCUUAACUCCCUCACCCCCAAGCGUCAGCCCCCCACCAUGCCUGACUCCUCCCUCUCACUGCCUCUCGUCCUCAAUGCUGCACACCGUCAGCCCUGCUACCACUUUUAGCUCUCCACCCCUGAGCUUCAGUCCUACCUCGUCUUGCCUCAGCUCACCCCCUUACCUCACUCCGCCUAUGCUCAGCCUCAGCCCUCCUCCUCUUUGUCUGACCCCACCUUCUCCGUGCCUCAGCCCUCCCCUCGUCUGCUUCCCUACUCCAGCGGAAUCAGCGGAUCCUAUACUUCAGGUAUCCUCAGACACACCUUUGAUAGACAACACAGACAGUGAUGUGCAGAUUACAGAGCUUUCUACCUUGCAAGGAAUCCCAGUUCUACAACUAGAGGAGAAAAUGGAGCAAAAUAUUGCCUCAUUGUCGCCACAGCUUCCAGAGAAUGUCUCUUUUCCGAUCUCAGUCCCAAGUACAACCUCACAUGCGCUGCCUCACUCUCAGUUGGCAAACCAGAGGGAACCCGGCCCUCUAAAUGCAGAUGAAGGAUCCAGCUCUGUGUCUGGGACCAAUGAGACCCAGGAAAAGACUGCAGACAUGAGUGAACAUAGCGGAUCUCCUCAGGCAGAAGGCUCGAUCCCUGCUGUCGAGGUUCUGGCAGAAAGCAUGUAUGGUGACUUUGAGGCCGCCAUGGACCACCUGCGCUAUCGUUUAAUCGCUACAAGGAAUCCCGAGGAGAUUCGAGGUGGCGGCUUGUUGAAAUACAGCAACCUACUGGUCAGGGACUAUCGACCGGCCAGCGAGACUCAAAUAAAGACACUGGAGCGCUACAUGUGCUCACGCUUUUUCAUUGAUUUCCCUGAUGUGCAGGAGCAGCAAAGGAAGAUCCUGUCCUACUUGAAGAAUCACUUCAUUGGUGAGGAGAGGAGCAAGUACCAGUACCUAAUGACUCUACGUCGCGUGGUCGACGACAGCACCGUAUGUCUGAUGGGCCAUGAGAGGAGACAGACUCUAAACAUGAUCACAGUGUUGGCGCUAAAAGUUCUCGGGGAGCAGAACAUUAUCCCCAACACAGACCAUGUGACAUGCUUUUAUCAGCCUGCCCCGUACCUUGCGGAGCACAGCGCACCCUACUUAACAGAACCGAGUUACUGCAGCUACUACAUACCCCAAGGGGGAUCAACUCUCCUGUACCAACCGUACCCCUUACACCUGCACACACAGACCGGACUAGUGUAGAAGUCAUGCAAACAUGCGUGCUGAAUUUAAAAAAAAGAGACAGCCAAGAGCAAAGCUGCUGGUAUUGUCCAAUUGCUGGAGAGUGGUAAUAGUUUGUCCUAUGAUAGACGCGUGGUGGCGGUUUUACCGGAAAACUCCAUUAAAUAAUAUAUAAUGUUCUAACAAGAAUAUAAAGAAUUAUUUUUCUGAUAUUGUUCCCGACAAUGCUGUGCUCACCCAUGAGUCCCAAGUCUUUGGUGUCCGUGGGACUAAGAAUGGGUUUCUUCAUGGACACUCAAUGCACUUCCACGUUCUUGAACUCUAAUGUAUUCUUCUAUUCCUACCGUGGUGUUCUUACUGGGUUUGUUUAGACUGUGGACCUUGCCUGUGGUUAAUAUUGUGCAUGGAUAACAUGGGACUGUUCUCUCACUGCCAAAUACUGUGUAACGAUGUUCUUCAGACGGUUUAAUGUAACUUUGUUAUUCUUUUAAUGAAGAAGUAUAUAAGGAUGGGUUUACCAUUGUGUACAGUGCUAUAUUGAAACUACAUGCAUGCACAAAUACGGACACACCUGUUAAGUAUAAUGUAUGGAAAGUUAGACAAUGCAUGAGUAGCUAAAUAUAAAUAUAUAACACAAAGCAAAGGCUUUUAAUUUAAUUUAAAAAAAAAUAUAUAUAUAUUUUUGCAAGACUUUCCAAGAUAAUUCUCAGCGGUUAUCCUACUGGUUGUACACCAUGCCGACAACAAUGCCUUUGCAAUAGACUGUACAGCAUAUUGGUUGCAGUAUGUUGUGUGUGAAUACAAUCCAUCGUUUUCAGGUAAAUUGUAAGGAAAUGUGCUGGAAUCCUUUGUGUAGUCACGUGAAGUACUGAACCAUCUCGUGGUUUGUUUCAUUUAAGGCUAAAGUUUACUCGACGGACUGGAGGUGGUCAGGUUAAAACCAUCUUUGGAUCAUUUCAAAGCCUGGCAAACUGCUGUGACUUCUCGGCAUUAAUUACAAUCAAAUAUGAUAAGAAACCUGUUUGAGUCUAAUUUAAAGCAACAACAACUAUGACCAAAGAUGGUUGGCAGGGAAAUCAAGUGCCUAAAUGUGAGACAUCCUUGCUAUGUCUUUAUCUUUGAACUGGGGUGGGUGUGGACCUAGGUUAGACAUUUUGUGUUCAAUUGUUAACCCCUGGUACUGCUGCCUGUUUUGAUGUCUUCUUUAAUGUUGUCAUUUGUUGCAUUUGUUGUUCAUUUUUAUAAAUAAAGGGGGUACU